CACCACUCACAACGCCUGAAACCUCACCCAGCUCCGGAGUCCGGGGCUUCUACGAAGUUCGCAGCCCGCUACUGCUGAUUACAGACUUUCAAACUUUUGAAACACUUUUUUAGGGAAGGAGCGGGAAGCGCGGGUUGCAUUACCCAACCUGGAAAAGCUCCUGGCACAAUCAACAUGAACCUUGCUGCAAAAAGCAAUUCCCCAGGCCCCGCCUCCCCAUCCUUUUGGGUUGCACAAGCUUCAGAGAAGCCCUAGGCCAAGUUAUCCGUGGCUCAGAAGGGUGCGGCAAGCUAGGGGCCUCAGUGAAGAAAGCCCCAGGGAGCUCUCGAACAAAAACAAGAACACGUCAAGCAGAUGGGGGAAACUGCCUCGGAGCCGCUACUCCUUACCAUCAUGGCGCCGCCUGGAACCCGCUUGUCAUGCCUGUUACACAUGCAAGAUUUUUGCUUCUGCUUCUGACACCUCAAGCAUGCUUCGUCUCCCACCCACCUUCCCACGAAAGGAGUUUUUAUUUUCCAUUGUUUUCCUACGGGAUGCAAUUACUUCGGCUAUUCUGUCAAGUUGAAAAAUAAUCAUUUUUGUUUACUGCACAGCAGCCUCUAAUUAGGAGCUUGUGUGUGCACGAAGGUGUCACAGCAAAGCGUCGUGGAAUCUUAGCUAAACGAUUUUAACGAACCCCUCUGUCCUGAACUGACAGGCCAACGGAAGCUGCAGGGCUUUGAGGCCCUGAGGGUGCGCACCCUUACCCAGCCGGCCAUCCCCUCCCCAAGCAAAGCUGCCUGUGGGCUCGCCAGGAGCUACGGAGAGCACGGGACAAGAAGCAAGCCUGCAAGCGGGAAGGAGGAGCGAGGCUCCCUAUUGAGAAAGUGUGGAAAGGAAGGAAUAUCCAUUUUGUUUUAAUUUUCAACCAUCACUCAAAUCCACCCCCAGUUAAUUAGGUGGGGAAACUGAUAUCUAAGGCAGAAGGAGGCAGCCGGCAAGUGGGGCCCAAAAUCCGCAUUGUGGGUAGAUUACACAGAUUAUAUGGCCUUUGCAGAGUGUAAAUGCACGCAUUGAUAAAGGCCACCAAGCAAACGAAAACUGCCCAUGUCAAGGAAGCAAAUGCCAGAAAGGUGGGGGAGCACAGGGGCCAGGGGCAGCACGGGGCGGGCAUUCAGCCUCACAACCAGCUUCCCCUUCUUUCUUGGGUUUGGGUACAGCUGUGCCUCUCACAUCCGCUUGGAAAUCCACCCCUUCCCCUAGCACACGCCCCCUCCCCAACCCUCACGGGGGGGGGGCAGUAAAAUCCACAGCCUCUAAUUCAGCACCAAAUACACGAACAGCAGACACUUGAUCCUCCACCCCAGUUUAGGGCUGGGUCUCUUCCAUGUUUUAGCCAAGUUCAAAAUCACUGCCCUGUGAGAAGAGCAGGGGGACGUGGGAUAAUAGACACGGUGCAAUGCUCAGAAGCAGAUACAGAGACAGCAUUAGAGACAGAAAUGGUGGCAGAGAAACACAAGGAAUACUCCACGAGCAAGAGUAAUAAUCAUAACCAUGCCAAUAGUGUGAUGUUCUGAUCAAUAUGGCGGACACUGUCAUUCAUACAACUACAGGCGCUCCCCUUCCCUGCCCCCAAAAAACACCCACCCCAGGAGUUGGGGUGGAGGACCCAGAACCAAUGUAGGAAGUGGGGGAGGGGACUCAAAGCCAGGUCUGUGUGUGUGUGUGUGUGCGUGUGUGUGUGUGUGUGCGUGUGUGUGUGUGUGUGUGUGUGUGUGUGUACGAAUUAAAAGCCAGGCCUGGAGAGCAAUGUGGAGUAAGCAAGCCCCUGUUGGGAUACAGACAGAAGGAAAAAACUGCAUUCCCUCCUUCGUAAGAGUGGCAACCAGAAGUUGGGAGUAGAUGAUAUGCAACAAUUAAAGGAAGACAUUGGUAGGCAUUGGCCACCAGCUGCCGUUCCCUGGACCACAGCUCUAAACCCACAGGAGCAGUAUGAACCAUCUUUAGAGACAGUCUGGAUCAACCCCUAAGCUCCAGCUGAGAUCACAGCCCCGGCUGAGAGCUUGACACACCUGUGUGAGAGGACCUGACCCCACAGCACACAGUUUCUGUGGCAGAAUGAAGACAAGUAAAGAAGAAUGAGACAGUUCACCCAGGCUUCUGGCUUCCUAGCCAUCUCCAACUUGGAGGAAGGCCCGAGGACAGUUUCUUUCAGAAGCAAUGGGGAUAUACAGCUUUGAUUCAAUCCCAGGCAAAAGAAAUUGCCUUUAUUGGCUUGUCACAGCCGCAUCUUUCCACUCCUCACAUCAACACAGAGUGAUGCAUGUGUUGGGGGUCUGGAUUAGACACAUGGGGUGCUGAUCCUACCUGGAGUAAGGAAGUCUGAACUGAAGAAGAAGAGCUCUUUGCUCCCUGGCAAAGAACAAGAACAAGAACAAGAACAAGAGCUUCUAUGGUCAUUAUGCUUGCCAGAACCUGUGACUGAAGUGCCACAGAGGAACACCAGGCUGGGAUGGGUCCAGGGGAAGCAAGUCACCGUGCUGGGAAGUUCCACAUCUGUCAAUAUAUUCCUUGGAAUUCCCUUUGCCAUGCCCCCUCUGGGACACCUGAGAUUUGCAAACCCAGAGCCAGCAAUGCCCUGGAAUGACUUGCGACAGGCUACUUCCUACCCUACAUUAUGUUUCCAGAACUUGGAAUGGAUGUUAGUAAAUCAACGCAUUCUCAAAGUGCAUUAUCCCAAACUUGAAGUGUCAGAAGACUGUCUGUAUCUUAAUAUCUAUGCGCCAGCUCAUGCUGAUGUGGGCUCCAAUCUUCCUGUCAUGGUGUGGUUUCCAGGGGGUGGCUUUGAGAACGGCUCGGCCUCCAUCUUUGAUGGGUCUGCCCUGGCUGCCUAUGAGAAUGUGCUGGUCGUGACCAUUCAGUACCGGUUAGGAAUAUUUGGCUUCUUUAACACAGGGGACCGGCAUGCCCCGGGGAACUGGGCCUUCAUGGACCAGUUGGCUGCCCUGUCCUGGGUUCAGGAGAACAUCAAAGGCUUUGGUGGGAACCCAGGCUCUGUGACCAUCUUCGGAGAGUCAGCGGGAGCCAUAAGUGUUUCCAGUCUUAUUCUGUCUCCUUUGGCCAAGAACCUAUUUCACAAAGCCAUCAUGGAAAGUGGGGUGGCCAUCACGCCUAACAUAAAGAAACUUGAUGAGACAAGGACGGAUUUGCAGAUGAUUGCAGAUGUCUGUGGUUGCAACGCCUCUGACUCCAAAGCUCUUCUGAACUGUCUGAGGACAAAAUCCUCCAGUGAGUUGCUGAACCUUGGCCAGAAAACAAAGUCUUUUGAUCGAGUGGUUGAUGGCAUUUUUUCCCCUGAUGAACCUUUGGAACUAUUGUCUCAAAAAGCAUUUAAAGCAGUGCCUUCUAUCAUCGGAGUCAACAACCACGAGUGUGGCUUCAUGCUGCCCCUGUUCUGGAUGCCGAAAGUUCAAGAUCAAUUUCAGGAGAUUCCUGACAUCCUCAGUGGCUCCAACAGAUCUCUUGCUUUGCACGUGAUACGAUCCCUCCUGCAUCUUCCCGUCCAGUAUUUGCAUGUUGUGGCUAAUGAAUACUUCCCUGGAAAGCACUCUCCAAUUGAAAUCCGAGAUAGUUUACUGGACUUGCUGGGAGAUGUGUUCUUUGUGGUCCCUGCGCUGGUCACAGCUCAAUAUCACAGAGAUUCUGGUGCACCUGUUUACUUCUAUGAGUUUCAACACCGGCCCGAGUGCUUUGAAGACACAAAGCCAGCCUUUGUCAGAGCUGACCACUCUGAUGAAAUCCGCUUUGUCUUUGGAGGUGCCUUCCUGAUGGGUGACAUUGUCAUGUUUGAAGGAGCUACGAAAGAGGAAAAAUUGCUGAGCAGGAGGAUGAUGAAAUACUGGGCUAAUUUUGCUCGGAGUGGGAAUCCUAAUGGGAAUGACCUUCCUCUGUGGCCAGCCUAUAAUCACACAGAGAAAUACCUGAUGCUGAAUUUGAACAUGAGCCUUGGACAGAAACUGAAAGAGGAGAGAGUGAAAUUUUGGACGAAUAUUGUCCCUCUGAUCAUGUCAGCUUCUGAAGCUUUUCUUAAACCUCUUUCCCCCUUAAUUUUCUUUUCUUUGCCCUUGACUUUCUUUUUCUCAUUUGCUCCUUAGAGUUAAUUUUUGUGUGAUUUUGAUUUUCCUCAUUUUUUAAAGUUUUUCCCUUCACCAUUAACUUCAUUCUCGGUUUAGCUGCUUUCUGUUGGGAACCUUUGUGGCAUACACUGCUUAGCUGAUGCAUUAUGGACUUAAGAAUCAUCUUCAUGAAAUUCUUUUCAAUAUCAAAGAAUGCAAUUGUCUUGGAAGGCAGCAAGAUUUCCUCAGAAAGUUGGAGGAGGGCUGACUCAUCUGUUGUCUUAAUUAUGCUGUUGUUAUUCAUAUGAAAUAAAAUCAGUGCAAAAUAUAUCCAGGAAGCAUAA